CUUGCCUGGUACUAUGUAAUAAGAUCUCAAACCUUUUUUUCUUGUUUCUUGUUCGGGAUCUUAGCUUCUGCAGGCCUUGCAGUUUGUCCGCCUCAUAUUAUAAAUCUACCUAUUUUCUACCUAUGGAUCGACGACAAUAACGACAUAAGAUAUAUUCUUCUAAUCUGCCUAUUUUCCUCUUGUGAAAAUACCCAGCAACGACACUUGAACAUUUACCCCCAGCUCAUCCUCCAAGAUGGCAGACCAAUCCAAUACCACAAUACUCAUCUCCACGAGUAUCGUGGUCUUCCUAUCCGGCUUCCUACUAGGCAUAUACUCGGUGCGAGGGUACCUAUUUAUCUCUCCAUCCCUAGCUUCCCAACGCCAAAGCAACCUUAACGACCCUCUCGAGAGCGAAGAGUCCGACAUCGACGAAGGCGACACAAUACUCGACCAUGCGCCUAACUGGGCCAACGGCGAGGACGCCGAUCGAAGAGACGGGCUCAAGGCCUCUAAGCCGAAGAAGGCAAAGAAUAUUCCCAAGGACAAGGCAGAGAGCAAGGCGGACAGUGCUCAGCCUCAACAAACAGUAGCCGAAGGGUCUGCAAAUGAGGAGUGCAAGCUAGUCCUAGUCGUACGGACAGAUUUAGGCAUGACGAAAGGCAAAAUAGCUGCACAAUGCUCCCACGCAACCCUAGCAUGCUACAAGACCCUCACCCGCGCCGCCCAGCGAAACCCGUCAUCAGCCGAAGCACGACUCCUACAGCGCUGGGAACGCCGGGGACAAGCCAAGAUCGCCGUACAGGUGAAGUCAGAGGCCGAGCUGCUGGAUCUGAUGGGUAAGGCGCGCAGCCUAGGCAUCACAGCCGAAGUCAUCCAGGACGCCGGCCGCACCCAGAUCGACCCUGGCAGCCUAACAGUCCUAGGCGUUGGGCCCGCUCCCAGGAGUCUUGUUGACAAGGUCACUGGUGGCCUCAAGCUAUUAUGAAAGAGUUUCUACAUAGACUUACAUAAUCUGGCAUGGUAGGAACAUGGUCGGUAUAUAAUGGACGCAUACAUCGGUAGACAAGUGGGAGACGCAAAAUAUAUCCACAGGUAAACACCCAUGGAUUGCUUAUAAAAGUGCAUAUACAGGUAGUUAUGGCGUUUAAAAAAAAAGCCAAUGUCAUUUUUUGAC